CUCGCGAUCCCGCCUGCCUGCCUGACUGUCCAACAUGAAAUGUUGGCAAAACACCCCCUCCUCAACCCCUCCUUAUCGGGUUGAAAAAAUGGCGGACAAGCGCUAAAGCCACAUCAGAAACAAAUACACACGUCACAAAGCAAAGAUUUGAAAACAGGGAGCGGGUCGCUUUAAUUGGGACGCCAUCCCCCUUUUUUUGGCGUAGGAAAAAGGCGCACUUCUAUUCAAAGGGAACUCACCCGAGGAGGAGAGAGGCUGCAAGCGGUUAUGAAGUCUUAAGAUCACUUUUUCAUCAGUUGGUCAGAAUUGUUGGAGCAUGAGGAAACCUGUUCCACCGAAAGCUAUAGAGUGGAAAGAUGCUCAAAGGAUCAAGCAUGCCCGAAGUGGACGGCCCUCCCGGGUGCCAUCACAGUACCAAGGACACUUCAGUUGGGAGAAAUACCUGAAGGAGACCGGAUCAAAUGCAGCUCCUGCUUCAUGUUUCAGACAGAGCCUCACACCUCCAGUUAAUGAGUUCAAAGCGGGCAUGAAGCUGGAGGCGCAGGACCCGCGCAACACCACCUCCACCUGCAUCGCCACGGUGGUGGGCCUGACGGGCUCGCGGCUGCGGCUGCGCCUGGACGGCUCGGACAAUAAGAACGACUUCUGGCGUCUGGUCGAUUCCUCAGAGAUCCAGCCAAUCGGCAACUGUGAAAAGAACGGAGGCAUGUUACAGCCACCAUUGGGCUUCCGCCUCAAUGCGUCUUCCUGGCCCAUGUUCCUGCUGAAAACACUCAAUGGGGCUGAAAUGGCACCUUCUCGCAUUUUUCACAAGGAGCCUCCCGCUCCAGAGCAGAACUCCUUCCAAGUGGGCAUGAAGCUGGAGGCAGUUGACCGGAAAAAUCCCCACUUCAUCUGCCCGGCUACGGUGGGCGCUCUGCGUGGCGUGGAGGUGCUGGUCACCUUUGAUGGAUGGCGCGGAGCCUUUGAUUACUACUGCCGCUACGACUCGCGGGACAUCUUCCCAGUUGGAUGGUGUACCCUCACAGGAGACAAUCUUCAGCCGCCCGGCAGCAAAGUGGUGCUGCCCAAAAGCCUUGGCACACCGACAGACGGAAGUGGGGAGAGCCCAGCCAUGAAUCCCACGCCCACGGUGGGCAGACCUCCAGGUCAGAGAGGGCGUAAGCCAGGACGCAGGAAAACCAAAGUGAUGGCGCCCUGGAGUCAGAAGGCUCCUGCACUGGGACAGAGCCUCCAGCCGGCCAAAAGCCUGGAGACCAUCAAGAUCCCCAAGAAGAGAGGACCCAAGCCUGGCAGCAAGCUGGGCUGGGCAAAAAGAGCAGGCUGGUUGGAGGAGGCAAUGGGCGGCCCGGGGCGGCCGUUGACUGGACCAGGGCGCACCAGAGGAAGACUGCCUGCCAACUGGGCGCAGAGGAUAGCUCUGCAGCAGGCUCAGACACCGGCGGAGCCCAUUAAGAUCCCAAAGAAGAGGGGGCCCAAGCCUGGAAGCAAGAGAAAACCACGAGUGGUUCCUAAUCCAGUCCCCACGUCUCCCACCAGCAGCACACCAGAACCCGACACCAGCACUGUGCCCCAGGACAACGCCACCAUCCCCAACUCUGCACUUCAGGCUCCCACAGUUUGUGUGUACCUAAACAAGUACGGGAAGAUGGGACCCCAUCUGGACCAUCGGCGUAUCCAGAAGCUCCCAGAUCAUUUCGGCCCCGGCCGAGCCUCCUCAGUGCUUCAGCAGUGUGUGCAGGCUUGUGUGGACUCUGCCCACAACCAGGCCACUGUCUUCUCCUGCCUCAAGUCUGGACAAGGAGGCGAAGUCAUUUCAGCCUUUUUUGACCAGCAGCAGCACACUUUAACCCUCCCGACAGUGAGCAGUGUCACUUACGUACUCCGCUUCCUGGAAAAGCUCUGCCACAAUCUUCACUGCGACCCUCUGUUUGGCAGCCAGCCUGUGGCCAGAGGAGCUCUGAACUACGACAGCCUCUCAUACUCUGCAGAAAGAAGGAGUUUUGGAGACAGCCUGACCACGGGCCCAGGCCGAGGUACCAAGCGCUUCCUUCAGGACUUCAGCGGUCCCCUUUCCCAGAAGCUGACAAAAAUCCCACGUCACUCCGAUGGUGAUUCAUUCAUCGGGAGCAGUGUUGCAGCACCGGAACACUUAAAGAAGAGCCCCCUCUCGCCAAACUCUUCUGGACUGCUAGCCGGCCUCAGGUCUCCUUCAAAGCUGCUCCGUCACAACAGCUCAACAGGCUCAGGCGGUUUCCGGGAGAGCCCGAGGCCCAGCGGUCAGGAUCCAAACCUGUGGACGGUGGAGGAAGUCAUGCAGUACAUCAGAGACAUCGACCCCGUGCUGGCUCCACACGCUGACCUUUUCAGGAAACAUGAAAUUGACGGUAAAGCCCUCCUGUUGCUGCGCAGCGACGUGAUGAUGAAAUACAUGGGUUUGAAGCUCGGCCCUGCCCUCAAACUAACCUUCCACAUUGACAAGCUCAAACGGGCAUAAGGAGGUCAUCAGCCAAUCGCAGCCUUCCAAAAGACUUCUCUUUCGCCCUAUCUCCUUCUUCUAGUCAGUAUUUCAUGCACUUCAUCAUGGACACGUACUGACCAUUUACAUGUAGCAGCGUCCAUCGGACCACCAUAUCUGGUCCCUGUACUUCCUGUUGUUGCCUCAUAUAAUGAGGGAUAACGUUUAUUUGAUGUAGCACAAUCCAGCUCAAAGCAGCAUGGAACACGAAACAAGACCCACUUGUCCACAUUUGCAUUUCAGUAUAACUUGAAGACUCGUGGCCAUUUUUACUGUCUGAGGCUCAGCAGCCUGCUUUUAAUAUGUUACAUUUAAUCAGUAUGUUGAAAUAUUUUGUACUUCAUGAAUAUAAUGACAUUUUUUUCAACAUUUUGUGUUGGAACGUACGAAACCCUAAAAGUAGAAAAGAGAACACUACAUUCAUCCCAAUAGUUGGGAUUUUUUUUUAUUAGUCUCAGUUUGAGGCAUGACUUUGCAACUACAAGACACAUUCUGAAGAGAAAGCAUGAGGGGAACGAGAGCAAAGCGUUGUCCUUUAAAUCGUUCUCCUGGAAAUACUGCCAUGAGGAAAUGUGUUUUAUUAUCUUAUUCUAACUGUUGUUUACAAUGUUUUGUCCAUGUUAUUUGUACUUUUUUAAUUUUUUAUACUAUAUGACUAGAGUUCCUACACGGAGAGCCCUAUCAUGAUUAACAUGUUUAAUAAAUAUAUCACAAGUCUACUGUUUUGUUUUUUAUUUUUGUUUCUUUUUUUGUUUGUUUUGCAAUGUCAGAAAAAAAAUGUAGUUGUUUUUAUGUUGUUAAGUCUCUUGUCAGAUUUUUUAAAAUUCAUUUAUUUAUAUUAAAACA